AUGAUAUCCUCCCUUCUCUGUCAGGUUGCCAACAAGGAUGUUUUGAUGCGUCAGAAGCCGUAUGUAUCAAAAUGGUGGAUAGUAAUUACGAGGGAUUGGCAACUCGCGGCUAAUAACGUCGUUGCCCUUGCUGACUGCGCACGUCCACAGGUAACGAAUCAUGAAGUUACCGAUCUGGCAAAACCGACCAUGUUCUACGACGGCCAAUAUGGCUUCAUCCAUACGUCGGAGCGGAGCUGUGGCCAUACUUAUUAUUCUUUCUUCUAUAAGCAGAAUAACAUUACCGACAACGCAAUCGAUGAACGUCUUUCCACCAUCGUGAAUGAGAACCGACAGGACUAG